AUGAACAUCUAUUUACUCCUAGCGAGCGGCAUUCUGUGUGCCUUGAUGAUUGUCUUCUGGAAAUACCGCUUUCAGAUAAACACUGGUGAAAUGUCAUCAAUUUCUACUGCUUUUGCACUACUAAGACGCUCUUCUACUGGGUUAAUUAACAGCAAUACAGACAACAAUCUUUCAUUCAACAACCUCUCUCGGGAUAUUGUAAAUAAUUUCCCACACUCGAUAGACAUGCAGAAGCGACUAUUGGUAACCCUCAAGAGGGUGGAAUACAAAAUGGCUGAACUGGAAUAUAUUCUAGUUAGCCAGGGUUUGAGAGGUGCAUCAGGUCACCGGAAAUCCACCUAA